GGAUUGUUGUACGAUGAAACAGAAAAUGGCGGCUCUUUAGAGACGUCUGAAUGUCUGUCCCUUUUGCAGGGCUACAUGCACUGAGCUAGUUUCUUCUUAUGGUAGAGCUUGUAUGGACUCGAGUAUCAGUAGUUCUAUAUCCUGUGGUGGUGAUGAUGGAGCUUGUGUCCGUGGACACUCACGUUAGUGGACCAACGCUGGCUGGGCUCGGCGUAGAACAAAGCCUUUAGAGAAAUGGUAGAACUUCUGUAGUCUGAUGUAUCCGCCUCCUUGGAUGAGUCGGACUAACUGUUCUGUUUUUCUCAUCUUCAUUCGCGGCUCUGUUGAUUCACUCUAAAUCACAGCGUAGUCCGCUAAGCAGCGCUUCUCUGGAAGCUCCGUUGGUUUAAAAAAAACUGUUGGCACCAAGUCCCAAGUGGAUCACAGCCUCUCAUCCACACCGUCCAUACACGCACCUUUCAGGUGUGUUUACCGUCAGGGAGCCAUGUGGCCCCACGGCGCAGGUUAAAGGGCUUCACGUCAUUUGUAGAGAAAAGCCCGCGGUUCCCACUGACUAUGGAUGAUUCAAAGCCACGAUACAGCAAAAGGCUGCGGGCCGGUACCCGUAGACGUUACCAUGACGACGGAAUCUCGGAUGAGGAGAUUGAUGGAAGAAGGAUGUUUGACUUGGAGGAGAAAGUCAGCUGUGAAAAGUUCAGUUCUGAUCGAAUCGUCCGUAUGGAAGGAAAAGACUUGACGUAUGAGUUUGUCCAGAGAGGUGGGCUAAGGGACCCAAUCCUUUUUGAAAAGCCUGAUGGACUGGGAAUAAAGAUGCCAGAACCUGACUUCAGCGUCAACGAUGUUAAGAUGUUUGUUGGCAGCAGACGCAUGAUAGACGUAAUGGAUGUGAGCACCCAGAAGGAAACCGAGAUGUCCAUGGCCCAGUGGACACGUUACUAUGAGACUCCUGUGUCUCAAAGGGAUAAACUCUAUAAUGUUAUCAGCCUUGAGUUCAGCCACACCAAGCUGGAGAAUUUGGUUAAAAGACCUACCACAGUGGAGCUCAUAGACUGGGUGGACAACAUGUGGCCUCGUCAUCUUAAAGAGAGGCAGAGGGAUUCAACCAAUUCCAUCAAUGACAUGCAAUACCCAAAAGUCCAGAAAUAUUGCCUGAUGAGUGUCCAGGGCUGCUACACAGACUUUCAUAUUGACUUUGGUGGGACCUCAGUCUGGUACCAUAUUCUCAAAGGGAGGAAGGUGUUCUGGCUGAUCCCUCCAACGGAUCCAAGCCUGGAGCUGUACGAAAACUGGGUGCUGUCUGGAAAGCAGGGAGACAUUUUUCUGGGAGAUCGAGUGUCCAACUGUCAGAGGAUCGAACUGAAGCCGGGCUGUACUUUUAUCAUACCUUCAGGUUGGAUCCAUGCUGUUUACACCCCUGUGGAUUCCAUGGUAUUUGGAGGAAACUUCCUGCACAGCUUCAACAUUCCCAUGCAACUAAACAUCUGUAAUAUAGAGGACAGAACACGGGUUCCAGUGAAAUUCCGUUGUCCCUUCUUUUAUGAGAUGUGCUGGUUUGUGUUGGAGCGCUACGUCUUCAGUCUAACAAAGAACUCUUACCUCACACCUGAGUUCCAAAAAUACUCACUGGGCAUAGCUCGUGAUCGGCAAGAGGAGGGUUCUGGUAAGAAUGAAGAGCCUUCAGGUCCUCAGUCUGAAAAGUCUCUAUCCAAAGUCUGUUUGACUCCCCUGGAGCUGGAGGGGCUUUGGAGUUUAAUCAAUAAACUGGAGACGCUGCCGUCAAACAAGAAGUGUGUCCCAGCUGGGAUCCAAAAUGCUUCAGGACUCAUGACGCAUAUCAAGGCUUUACUCAAGGAACAUGCUAAUGACAACCCUAAACUGUCCUACACAGGAAAACCGAUUGUGAAGUGGCCACCCAGGCCUUCAUGGUAUCAGCCUCCUCCUCCACCACCAGCUCCUCGUCCGAAACCACCCUCAGCGGCCACCAUACAACGACCUCAGAAACCCUCUUCCUCCAUGUCUUCGCUGAGACGGCGCAGAGUCAGAUGUAAGCGCUGUGAGGCUUGUAUGAGAGCAGAGUGUGGAGACUGUAACUUCUGCAGAGACAUGAAGAAGUUUGGAGGACCAGGGAAACUCAAGCAGACCUGUGUGCUGCGACAGUGCCUCUCGCCGGGCCUUCCUCUGUCUGCUGUGUGUGAGAUCUGUAAGGAGCCCAAUCAGGAGGAAACUGGAGACCCUUCCCUCACUCUGAUGGAAUGUUCCAGUUGCGCUCAGAUAGUCCAUCCUGCCUGCCUUACGGUUCAGGGUGACGGUGUAGUGAAUAAAGACCUGCCCAGCUGCUGGGAGUGCCCGAAGUGUAUCCAGGGGAUCACUGAUGGAGAGUCUAAAGGUGACAGAGCCGAAACUCUUUCUUUGAAGAGGAAAUCUUCAUCCUUGCUGGAUGCUCGUAUUGCUAAAAUUUACAGACGACAGCUCCACAACCAAGAUGGGGAUGAUUCAGCCAGUGAUGAUGAUAAUGCAUCUCAGAGAAGAAGAAUGGGGCUUUCUGCACAUGGAGGGGGACACUUGUCCAGAAAGUCAUUUGGUGCCAACAGGAGAGGUCUGCUGCGGGGGGGCUUGUCCCACAAAGGGAACAGAGGAGGGUUUGUGGCGGGGGGCUCCAUGUCAGUCUACAAACUAAAGAGAGGGAUUGGUAUGAAGGAGGUCGGGCGGAGAGGGCGGGUGAGGCUCCGGGGUGGCUCCAGGAUGCAAAGAAGAGGAGAUGACUCCGAAGAGUCCGAUGAUGAUGAUGAAGAUGAUGACGAAGACGACGAUGAUGACGAUUACGACGAAGAUGAGGGUGACAGUGAAGAAGAAAAAGAAUAUCUGCAUCAGAAACACAGGAGACGCAGGAGGGACUACGAUGAAGAUGACGACAGUGAGGGGCAGGAAUUUGACCCUGAAGAAGAGGAGGUGGAUACAGCAGAAGAUGAAGACCUGAAAAAAGAGGACGAGGAGGAGGAGGACGGACAUUGGGAUUCAGACCCAGAACCCCCAGUGCUGCUGGUAUCUGAUCUGAAUGAUGACCUCCUGAGUGGCUCCUACCUGACAGUCACUCUACAGCAGCCACACAAGGCCAAGACGCAGUCAGGCUCCAUCGUUCCAAAGCUAGAAGCAGCCAUGGGGCUGAGGUCAGCUGCAGCUGGAGGGGGUCAGCAGGGCUUCAUCCAGAGAAAGGCUGCUCAUUCCAAACCUUCCAGAGUCCGAGGUUCUGAUCCUGCCGACACUCUAACCCCGAGAGGACCUGGCAGGCCUCGUCUACGAGGAAGCCAGGGAGACAAAAGCAGCAGAACCUACUCUGCCUCUUCUUCAGAGGAAGACCAGGGUGCUGCUCCUGCUGCCUCUUUUCCAUCGUCCCUACUUUCUCUGCCCUCCUUUAAAGAUGCAGGCAGUGAUCGGGGAGGAGAGAAGGAGGUCUGGGUGUCUGUCUUUAGAUACUUGAACAGAGCUGAGCUGCUGGCCUGCAUGACUGUCUGUAAAGCCUGGUACAAGUGGAGCUGUGACAAACGUCUGUGGAGUCACAUUGAUGUGAGUCGGUGCAACCCGCUCAGUAACCAGGCUCUGGCAGGCAUCAUUAAACGCCAUCCCACCUCUCUGGACUUGUCCUGGACGUCGCUGGCCAUGAGACAACUGAACUGCCUUCUUACCAGACUCCCAGGCUUGAGGGAACUGAGGCUGACCGGUCUGCCGUGGUCCUGUCUGUCAGCUCUGGUCUCUCCCACUCUACCUCAGCUGCAUCUGCUGGAUCUACGCUGGUGUGAAGGCAUUAAAGAAGCCCAGAUUAAAGAGAUCAUCACCCCGCCUGGUUUAGAGUCAUCCCGCAGCAGGCUGAAGAACAUGGUGACGCUGCGUCUGUCCGGUCUGGAUGUCUCUGAGUCCACUUUGAGGCUGCUGCAGCGCCACAUGCCCCAACUGGAGACGUUGGACCUGGCUCACUGCAAGGACAUAACAGACUCCUGUAUCACCCUGCUGGCAGCUGCUGGGACUCACACUCGCAACAACCUGAGUGAACUCACACUCGCUGGUUGCAACCAGCUGACAGAUGGCUGUCUGUCCUAUCUGAAGCGGUUCUCCUCUCUGACUCUGCUGGACCUCAGAGGCUGUAAGGGUAUCAGCAGACGUGCCUGUGAUGCCUUCAUCUCUGACCUUUCCCAUGUUGCCCUCUACUGUAUGAUGGAGGAGAAACUCAUCCAACGCCUGGACUAACACAACACCUUUUCAGAGAUCUUAAAAACAUAAACACCAAAAACAAUUGCCUAAAAGAAAGCAAUAUCUUCAGGUAUGAUGCAGGUGGCCCGAAGUGCUGCCAGUUCAUUACAGGAUAUGUUGUAUCUUUGUUUUGUAACAAAAAGACUACAAAAAAAGAUGGGGAACAAUUUUUCGUGAAACAAAGUUGCUGUUAACUUUUUACGCUGUGGUAUUUUCUGUGUAAAUAAAGGAUUUUUUUAUGUUAACAUUGUUUUGUCUGAGCAGUGUGCUAAAAAUAAAAGUUCAGUGGUUCUCUGCA